AUGCUGUGCAGGAACAAUAUUGACCCAUUGAUGAACCUGAGAGCUUACGACAUAUUUGUCAAUGAACUUCUAUGCAUUGGCACCGGAUGCCCGUAUUCUUCUGUUAAAAGGGCACCUCAUGCAUUUGCAUAUGCAGAUGACAUUGGUACAGCUCGUGCAAUAUCUCAAGGUAAUGGUGACAAUUACCUUGUCCAACUUGCUGUUGGGCAGUGUCCGAGAAACUGCAUAUACUACGUGACACCUUGCCAAGGUGCUAUCUUGGAGGAUGUGCUUGCUAGCAUGUUGAUGACGCCGCACGACCUCUCUGAAGCAGAAGUUCUGUAUUCGCUCACAUCAAAAGCAACGUUCGAGAACAAUAGGUACAGGAGGCCCAAAAGAGAAACAAAACCAUCCGCUGACUAUGUUGAUUGGAUGUGA